UAAAGUUAUACUGUUACAUCAACUUGCCUACUUGGUUAAAUAAAGGUGAAAUAAAAAUAUCAACUGAGCUACGAAGAAGCACGUCGACGUCACUAGAAUAAUGACAAGCAAUUUUAACGGAUUCUAAAGGGAAUCAUAGAAUUCCAAACUCAUUUCUAUGGCAACACAGUUGUCAAUUUUGUAAACAAUCAUUUUCGAACGUGUGUUGCCAAGAGACAUCUAACCGACGUUCUAUGGAACGUUUUCUGUGCGAAAACAAGUUCAGUUUGCGGCUGACAACAAACUUGUUUGAUUUUUGACACCUGAGAUAGAACAAUCGACUGGAAAAUGCCUGGGUGCUUUUGUAACAGUAUAACUUUACGUCGUCCCCUCGCCCCGACACGGGCGCGAACCAGGUACCCUCUGCACACAUCGACAACAGUCACCCACGAAGCAGCGUUACCCAUCGCUCCACAAAAGCCGCGGCUCUUGCAGAGCAAGGGGCAACACUACUUAAGUCUCAAAGCAAGUGACGUAACUGAUUGAAAUGCUACUAGCGCGUACCCGCUAACUAGCUAGCCAUUUCACAUCCGUUACACUUUUCAAGACUGGCGGAGAGAGUGCGUGGACGUCGGCGGCCUACUGUGUCGACAGGUUGUUCAAAUUCAUUUGUGGCUUGUUUUUCUUGUCUUUUUCUGUUUUGCAGGGUUCGUGAUUGCCGACAGGUGGACAGCGACUUCAAAGAGGAAACAACUGUCCUGGAUGAGGUCCAUUUGGAUGUGCCAUUGGAUGAUGUGCCAGAUGUUCCAAUGCUGCUAAGUCCUCCUUGAUGUCCAGAAUGCUGCUAUCAUCCUUGAGGAUGUGCCAGAUGUGCAGACUAUCCUUGAGAAGGCCACUGGCAAUUGUCAGUUGAUUCCGAUUAGGUUCAGCCCCCUGUACUGUGGGCCUGUUGUGAUCAGGAACAAUGCCGGUCCGGUGGUUAAAGCUUGGAGAACUUUCCAGUUCAUCAGCCCCAUCAUCACCUACAUGCGUGGGGGAUCCCAGCAGGUGGUGGUGAGGAUGCACCACGUUAGUAGGGUGAGAGGCCUGGAGACUCAACUGGUGUGGGCCAUCUCCAAGGAGACAGCCAGGCUUAGUCCAAAGGGCAUCCCCUACUGUGCCACCAAAGUGCAGUCCAUCACUUGGAUCCAGCGUGUGGCUGGCAGGGUGACCCACUAUGCGUCUCACCUCUGCCACGAGACGUCUGUGGACGUGACGCUUGGCUGCUACCAGCAGACUGAUGUCUCAGUGGUGUACGCCACUCUCCACAUGGGGCUGGAUGGGCUUCUCUCCUCUUCAGCGUGGUCGGAGGCUGCCUCCUUCUCUACGCCCACCACUCAGCAGUUCACUGACCCAGAGCCUGAUGGCCACAACUGCUAUAAGGGUUGGGAGGAGGACCUGCUGCCUGAGGAGAGGGAGGUUCCUCUGCUAAACCUCUACCUUACCACCAAGAGAGUGGAGGACAUCGCCCUGAGGCUCGUCUCCCUGCGCCAGGCCUUCACUACCCUGCUUGGUUCCACCCUGAGCAGGAACCAUCUGUUUGUGGCGGGAAAGGUCCUCCUGGGCGCACUGGUUCAGGCCAACCACAUGGACGGGGCCAAGUUCAUCCGUACUUAUAACGACUUUGUGGACUACCUGAGUGACCCCUCCAAGCGGAAUGACAUUGAGAGGGAGCUGGCUGAGGCAAAGAUCCAUCAUGUGAACAUGAUAGAUGUCGUUUUUGAGCUGGUGCUGUUUGGGAUGAUGACAGCUCAGAAGUCCCUGAGGGUGCACCCCGGUGGGUUUGUGGAGCAUCUGUACGCUCUCCUGUACUCCUUCCUGCCCACAGCUGCCAACAUGGAGCCAGAGGCCGACAGAUACCUGCUGCUGCUCAAUGUAAGAGUCAAGAGGUUACUUCCUGUUUACUUCCAUAUUCUUAGUGUACUUCCUUAUUUAUGGUUAACCAGGUUCCAAUGUCAUUUUAGGGGGAGUAUUUCUAAUUGUUUCUCUCCUCUUGAUAAGCUAGUAACUCAGAGCCAUUUUCUAUGUGUUGUGUGGUGUUCUCUUCAGGGCGGGCUGAUGGCUCUGCUAGAUGACAUGUUUGGCCAGCAGCUGGCCUGGUACUUUAACCCAGAGUCUCUGGUCACGGAGCUCUCCAGCCUCCUGGAGUACCACUUGGAGAACCUCAUGGCCAGCAUGUAGUCCUACUGCAGGGACCAUACUCCUUUCUCCUUCUCUCUCUCUUUUGAAGGAAUUAAGGACUUGAAGUGCUUUGUUGAUCCCUGAUUAGUUAACACCCAUUAAUUUAAUGUAUUCUCUUGUUUUCUCUCCCUACAGGAUUCUUGUGACACUUUGCCACCCAAGAGGGAUCCAGACACCAAUGCACUACAUUACUUUGCACUGAAUUUGACAUUUUUAAAUAAAAUAAGUUGUAGUUCAAAAACA